AUGAAUUCCAAUAAUCAUGUGGAACGAAUAAAGAAACUACUCUGUCAAAUCAAUGAUUAUUUUGUAUUUCACACUCAAUUCGAAUCUUGUAUUAGUUUUAUUCAAUCGAUAUAUAAUGAAAAAAUUAUUUUCAUCUCUUCCAUUUAUGAUGCAUCAAAAAUAUUAUCUCAUAUUGUAAGUCUACCUCAAAUUGACAGCAUUUUUAUAUUCAACUGGGAGAAAGUCGAUCCUGAACAUUUAAUUCUGGAACAAUCAAAACUAAUAGGCAUCUAUGAUGAAUUCGAUCUAUUGUGUUUAUCAAUUCAAGAACAAAUCGAUUUUCUCGAUCGAAACUUACAAACAUUCAGUUUCUUCGAUCAAAAUGAACAUUUGACAAAAGAUCUAUCAAAACAAACUGAUGAUCUUCUUUGGUUUCAACUUUAUCAUGAUGUUUUAUUUAAAUUAACACAUAAUGAAGAAGCUAAACAAGAAAUGAUUGAUGAAUGUUGUUUCUAUUAUCGAGACAAUCUCAAAGAAAUCGAAACAAUUACGAAGUUUGAAAAUGAAUAUCGAUCAGAAGAAGCUCUUCGAUGGUAUCUGAAAAAAUCAUUUAUUUACAAGAUCAUCAAAAAAGCGUUGAGAACAAAAGACUUCAAUCAACUCUUCACAUUUCGAUAUUUUAUGAAAGAUCUAAUAGAAAAUCUUGAUCGAGAACAUCAAAAGAUGUUUCAAUCGAGUAAAGAAAUAUUAUUUAUGUAUCGAGGAAUAAAAUUAACAAGAGAUCAAAUCGAAAAAUUGAAAGAAAACGAAGGUAAACUGGUUUCAAUCAAUGGAUUUUUGACAACAACUACUCUUCGUUCAAUUGCAUUGAGCCAAGCGAUAAAAUCUUCGAAACAAAUUGGUUUAAUUUCUGUUCUCAUAGAAAUCCAAUGCGAUCUACAAUACCUGGGCAAUAGUAUCAUUCUUGCUGACAUUGUUCAAUUCAAUGAAAUUUCAUCUGAAAAACAACAAGAAAUCAUGUUCGAUUCAAAUGUUACUUUUCUAUUGGAAAGUGUGAAAAUGGAAGAAGACAUGUAUUUCAUUGAACUGAGUGCAUCAAAUGAAGGUCAACUUAUCAAAGAAAAAUAUAUCAAAGACACACAUCGUCAAAUGGAAAAUCUAAGCAUAAGAAUUCUCUUUGGACGAUUAAUGUGUGAUAUGGGUCAAUGGAAUCAAUCGCAAUACUUUUUUCAACAAUUAUUGAACGACUCGAAUAACAACAAUGAAGAUCUCGCAAAGAUUGAAUGUAGUCUUGGUGAGGUUCUUCAAUGGAAAGGUGAAUGGAAUGAAGCACGAAAAUAUUAUUUUAGUGCUUAUGAUAGAAUAAUCAAUGUAAAAUCAACAAACAUCAAGAAUUUAGCUGAUAUACUUUUCAAUAUUGGUGAAAUUCUAUAUCUCGAAGGAAAGUAUGAAGAAGCUCGUGAUUAUUAUGAACGAGCAUUUGCAAUGAGAAAGAAAUAUUAUUUCUCUGUCAAAGUUGAUAGGCUUAAUUCACCGAAUCGCCAAUACAACAGUUUAUUAAGUUUUGUUUCUGCAUCGUUCUGGUCUGUUUUAUUGAAUUCAGGCAGAUUCUUUCAUGCAUAUUACAGCUUGUUUUGGACUAGAUAUUUUCUAGGAAUUUGUCGUUGGUUUCGCUCGAAAUAUGUGACAAACAGAACGGAGCUUGUUGAAGAACACUCAGACAAAACUCUGUUACAAGAAAUGUGUCGAAAAUUACAAGAAACCGAUUGGUUACAAUUGAACAUUGCUACGCUGAACGACCAUGUGUUCAUUGCUAUCAUUCUACGUAGCUUCGGCAAAAUCCUCUUUCGACAAGCUAAAUAUGAUGAAGCACUGAUGUUUCAUAAACAAGCAUUGACUUUACUUGAAAAAUAUUAUCAAUCUUCUCAUAUCAAUAUCGCUAUUACACUUAUGCAUAUUGGUCAAGUUCUUACAUAUCAAGCAAGAUACGAUGAAGCCUUCGAUUUCUGUCAACGAGCGAUGUCAAUUUAUACAAGAUAUUAUUCAAAUGAUCAUGUAUACAUCGCCUCCGCCCUCAAUCAUAUCGGUUACAUUCUCUGUCUCGAUGGCAGACAUGAUGAAGCUCUAAAUAUUCAUGAACGAGCAUUGACAAUACAACAAAAGUUUUAUCCAUCUGGACAUGUCGAUAUAGCUUAUACUCUUUGUGGAAUAGGAAAUGUUCACUGUGGACAAGGAAAGUAUGAUAAAGCUGUGAUAUUUUAUGAACAAAUGCUGAAAAUAUCACAGAAAUAUUAUUUUCCUGGUCAUGAUGAUAUAAUUUGUACUCUAAACAACAUUGGCUAUACAGAAAAGGAACAAGGAAAAUAUGAUGAAGCUCUUGAUUUUCAUCGACGAGCACUAGCACUUCAAGAGAAAUAUUAUCCAUCUUAUUAUGCAAACAUCGCUAACACUCUCAAUCACAUAUUUUGUGUACUAUUUUGUCAAGCAAAAUAUAAUGAAGCUCUAUGCUUUUGUCAACGAGCACUAACAAUGCAAGAGAGCUAUUAUCCUUUAGGUAAUGCCUCAAUAGCCUCGAGUCUGAAUAACAUUGGUAAUGUUUUAUGUGAGCAAGGAAAGUAUAGUGAAGCUAUUGAUUUUCUUCGACAAGCACUAGCAAUUUCUGAAAAACACAGUCCAUCUAGCCAUUCUUUCAUUGCUUUUUAUAUGAACAAUAUCGGAAUUACAUUAUGCAAACAAGAAAACUACAAUGAAGCUCUUGAUUAUCAUCGAAGAGCACUUGAAAUGCAAGAAAAAUAUUGUUCAUCUUGUCAGCGUAAUAUCGCUAACACUCUCAAUUACAUCGGUAAUGUUCUCAUUGCACAGAAAAAGUACGAUGAAACCUUGAAGUUUUAUGAACGUGCACUUAACAUGCAAGAGAAAUAUUAUCCAACUGGUCAUGCAGACAUUGCGACAACCCUUAGUAAUAUUGGCACAACAUUUCGUCAGCAAAAAAGAUUUGAUAAAGCGAUUGAAUAUUAUCAAAAAGCAUUAGAAAUUCAAGCGAAAUUUUAUCUAAAUGGUCAUGUUGACAUUGCGAUAACCCUUAUUAAUAUUGGCACAACAUUUCGUCAACAAGAUAAAUUCGAUAAAGCCAUUGAAUAUCAUCAAAAAGCAUUAGAAAUUCAAGAGAAAUUUUAUCCAUCAGGCAGUGUCACCAUGGCUAAUACUAUCAAUGGUAUUGGUCAUGUUCUGUAUGAUGAAAGAAAAUAUGAUGCAGCAAUUGAAAAUUAUCGGCAGGCACUUUCGAUACAAGAGAAUUUCUAUCCUGAUGAUCACAUCGAAACUUCUCAUACUUUCAACUUCAUUGGUAACACUCUAUAUAAACAAGAGAAGUAUGAUGAAGCUCUUCAACUUUAUCAAAAAGCUCUGGCUAUUCAAGAAAAACAUUAUGAAUUUGCUCAUAUGGACAUCGCGAAGAGCCUGAACUCAAUUGGUAAUGCCCUAUAUUCCCAAGAGAAAUAUGAUGAAGCUAUCAAUUUCUAUCGACGAUCAUUAACUAUUCGAGAGAAAUUCCAUCCAUUUGAUUAUACUGGCAUCGCUCUCGUCCUUGGCAAUAUUGGAGAUACUCUGUAUGGGCAAAGACAGUAUGAUGAAGCUCUUGAUUUCUAUCAACGAGCACUGACAGUUCGAGAAAACUUUGAUUCAACUAAUCAUGUUGCCAUUGUUGAUAAUCUGAAAGACAUCGCCAAUGUUCUAAGAGAUCAACAAAAUUACAAUAAAGCUAUCGAGUUCCAACAUCGAGCAUUGAUGAUACGAGAACAUCAUUAUCCUCCUGAUCACGUGAAUAUUGCUUAUAGUUUGAGCAACAUCGCUAAUAUUGUCACUCUACAAAGAAAAUAUGAUGAAGCUCUCGACUUCUAUCAAAGAGCGUUGAGAAUCUACGAAAAAUGUUGUCCAUCGAGUCUUGUUGAUAUUGUUAAUGGUCUUAUCAAUAUUGCAGAUGUCCUGAGAAAACAAGGGAAGUACGUAGAAGCCAUUGAGUUUCAACAGAGAGCAUUGAAGAUUCAAGAAGAAAAGUAUUCGUAUUGUCAUGAGAAAAUUGCGGAUAGCUUGAAUCGCAUUGGUCAUAUUAGAAUAGAUCAAACAGAAUACAAUCUAGCACUAAACUGUUAUCAACAAGCUCUCACAAUCCUCGAAAACUAUUAUCCAUCUGGUCAUAUUGAUAUCGCUGAGAGUCUACGAUGUAUCGGUGUCACCCUUAGUCUGCAGAAGAAAUAUGAUGAAGCUCUCGAUUUCUGCCAAAGAGCAACAGCAAUCUAUGAACAAUAUUAUCCAUCUGAUCAUGCAAAUCUUGCUACUUGUCUGAACUCUAUUGGUAAUCUAUUAAAUAAUCAAAACAAAUAUGAUGAAGCUCUCGAUUUUUAUUAUCGAGCACUGGUAUUUUACAAGAAGUAUUCAUUCAAUCACUCGAAUACUGCUACUUGUCUGCAGAACAUAGCUCAAACGUUAAAAGACCAAGGAAAAUUUGAUAAUGCUCUCGAUUGUCAACAACAAGCAUUGACACUUCUCAGAAGUCACUCACCAAAUGAACAAUUUGAAAUUGCUACUUGUCUCAAUAACAUUGGUAUUACUCUGUUUGAUCAAACAAAAUAUAAUGAAUCUCUCGAUUUUUGUCAACAAGCACUGGUCAUAUUCGAAGAAUAUUAUCCAAAUGAUCAUAUUAAAAUCACUGAUUGCCUAUACUGGAUCGCUGCUAACUUGCAUAGAAAGUCUCAGUUCGAUCUUGCUGUUGUUUAUUUGAAAAGAUGUUUAAUAAUUAAAGAAGCCAGUCUAUCUUCAAAAGAUCUCUCCAUUACUACCAUACUUGAGUGUUUGUCACAAGUUCAAAGCUGGAGAGGCGAACAUGAACUCUCUCUUAUGUAUGAACAGAAUUGUUUCUUAAUGCGCCUCAAACUUCUACCACCGAAUCAUNUAAUUGCUUCAAUUAUUGAGAAUCCUUUAAGAAACGGUUCAAUUCAAUGUUAUAAUAUGAGAAAAGAAAUUGUGAUAUGUUCAUCGGAUGAACUAUGCGCUUUAGAUUAUAAUCUACAAGAAAAUAAGUUCAUUUCACGUGGCUGCAGUCAAUAUAAUGAACCCAGAGUUCAUAUUUAUGAUGGAAGAUAUCAUACAUCAUUUGAUGUUGAAUGUAAUCACAAUCUAUGCAAUACCGAUGAAACAAUUUCACAAAUCAAAACUAUAUUAGCCAAUUACGGUUUAACAGAUACUAAUGGGCGACGGGUUGCCGAUGGAAAUAAACAAAUGGUUUCUUCUCUAUUAAUGAAAUUAACUUUGAUUUUCAUUGUUUUUUAUUCGUUUUAA